AUGAGGUCGUUUUGGACGCUGACCGCCGUGUCGGUCGUGCUAUUUGUGCUGUUUUUCGGCGCCGAUCCGGUGGAUGCCAGGAAGAAGGACAAGAAUCUCAAGGUAAGCCCGUUCUCCCGAAUGUUGCCGAUGUUAGCCUUUGUUUCUUUGUAGGUCACAGUGGCGGAUGACGUGCCGGCUCCGACGCCAGCCAAGAAAGCGUCUGGAGCGAAGAGCGCCAAGAAGCCGGCUGCUAAAGAGGCGCCACCACCACCACCUGCCAAGGUUUCUGAGAGCUUCUCCCCAAGUACACUUUCUUUCGAUUCUCUCUUCAGACGAGCUCAAAGCACAAGGACGACGAUAACUCGAUUGACGACGUCGACGAGGACCGAAUCGAUGAGAUUCUCAGAGACGCCUCCAAGAAUCUGGUGAUCUUCUUGUGUAAGAGUUCGAUGGAAAUCUGGAUGGAAUCUCUGUCUUUGCUUCCAGAUGACGGAAAGGUUCCGUGCCCGACGUGUGUGGAAGCUCUUUCGGAAGUCGAAGAGAUCGACGACGACAUCGAGGCGACCGGGUACGUGCAAGUGGUCAAGACGGACGAUCGAUCGGUCGCCCGCGAGCUCGGCAUCAACACUUUCCCGGCGCUCGUCUACUACCGGAGAAAGAAUCCGAUUCUCUACGACGGUAAGUAAGGGGAUGGGCUCACAAAGUCGACUUCUCACAGAAACCUUACAAUCUCAUUUUGAAGAACAUAAUACAAUUAAAGCAGGGUCCUUUAUGUUCGAUUUCUGGGGAUAAAUUGAAAAAAACCGCUAGACGCAUGUGUGAAACUAGUCCUCUUCCUCGUUUUCCAGGCGACUUCAAGGACUCGGAGACGUUGUUGCGUUGGCUGCGUGCCCAUGAAGAGGUUGCCACGUGGGAUCUGACCGACGACACUUUCGAGUCGCGCACCGAUUCGCACUCUCCGGACGAGGGCGCCAUCGACUGGUUCGUCAUGUUCUACGACGCCGACGAGGGAAACAGCAACGCGUUUGUGCCGCUCUGGGAGACAGUCGCUCACAAGUGAGUCAUGAGGCAUGAGGCAUACAAGAACGGAAGAAAUUCAGACUUCGCGGUUUGGUCAACGUCGGAAAGAUUGAGAUUUCGGUGAAUGACGACGUGACGGAACGCUUCCACAUCGAGGAGAGGGACUGUCCGGUGUUCCUGCUGUAAGCAUCAGAAGAUCCUUAUCCGAACAGCCUCCCUUUCAAAACUGUUUAGGUUCCACCGCGGAAAGCUCUACCGCUACAAGGAUUCGGCCAAGGACGUCAGAAGUUUGACCAACUUUGCUCUUCACAAGUACAAGGAGCAGAGAGGACACAGGUUCGGAAGAAACCCCGUACUCUACGUAUUUCUCAUUUUCAGAGUUCCGGAGCCACCAACUGCCAUCGAGCAAGUCUACGAGUUUGCCAAGGAAAAGAUUAUGGAUGUGAUGGUGAGUUCAGUGGAGCGUGCUUCCAAUGUGUACUCCUUUUUUCCGUGCAGGACGACAACCAAACGCUUUCGGUGCUCGGCGUCGGCGGACUCAUCGUGAUCGUCGCCGUCACGCUCAUCAUCAAAGCCUACAGAAUUCGUGCUGAGAACAAGAAUAAGGUCGCCUAG